UGCUGUGCUUAAUUGAACUGCUGCAGCAGCUCCAUACCUGCCUUCCCUGUCUGUGCAUUGCACAUCCAGCCAACGAUGUGGCUGCUGCAUCUGUAGUUUCUACCACCUGUGGCAGCACUCCCAUUCCCUCUACGCCACAGAGAGAGAACAAAAAAGGGGAGCUGAGAGAGGUUGGAGAGGAUAUCUUUCAUGAUAAGUGGACUUCUGACAGAGAGAGAUCCUCGCUGCAUACUCAGUUGACACAAAUGAAAGAAUCCUGAAACCAGCACCAUGCCAGGACUCAUCAACAAGGAGAACCGGAGCGCUCUGCCCCUCAGUGUCUCUGACAUCACUUCCUGUGUCAGGGGUUAUACUCUGGCCAUGACAGCCUCUUUGACCUAUGAAAAUAUUGAGGAUCAUGCAAUUGAGGGCAUUUUCAUUUAUCCCCUGGAGGAAAAUUCUAUUGUUGUUGGGUUUGAAUCUAUGAUAUCCACUCAGAUUAUAACACUGCAAAUUAAAGACAAGGCAAAAAUUGAGGACUGUUACCUGGAUUGCUGCAACACAUCUAAUGGAGCCCUCCAGAGUGGCAGCGGACACAUAGUGAUUGAUGAGGAUUUGGAGAGGACAGUGCUAGUGGUUAACCUCGGGGUCAUCCCUCCUAUGGAGACCGUCCAUAUUCUGGUUAGCACCUCCUCUGAGCUCUCCACCCUGCCCAACGGGGGCAUCAGGGUCUCGUCGCCACCGGUAUGUACACCUCGGGUGCAGAGGACCAUCAACGAGGAGCAGGGAUUAUCCCCAAACUUCUCCAGAACGCGGGACAGACAUAGUUGUGCCUCAAGUCCUCAUGAUCAAACUCCCAACUCCCCUCAGCUGUGGUUGGCUUCACUGCUGGAGGAAGAGGUCAUUAACUCCAUGGACUACGAGUUUAACUUCCAACUGGAGAUCCGGGCUCCAUAUCUUCUCGCAGGUGUAGAGAGCCCGUCUCACGCUAUCCGAGCUGAUGCAGACCCUCUGGCUCGCUCUGCCACCAGCGUAGUCAUCACCCUGGCUGACAAGUACACUUAUGACUGUCCUGUGAAAAUCCUCAUCUACCCCAGCGAGCCUCAUCUGCCACAUGCGCUCAUUGAGAAUGGAGACAUGACGCAGGAGGAGUAUGAUGAGUAUCUUCACGGCCGGAACGAUUUCAUCAAGGCCACCAAGAAGGACUCCAGCAAUGAGAGGAAAGUAGAUAUCAUUCACAGGCGACUCCACAAAGACAUCCUCCACAACCCGGUGGUGAUGUUGAACUUCUGCCCUGACCUCAAGUCUAUCAGCUCAGACCUGAGGAAGGUUCACGGCGAGUUUAUCUUCCUCAUUGACCGCAGUGGCAGCAUGAGUGGAACGAAUAUCAACCGUGUGAAGGAUGCCAUGGUGGUGAUUCUCAAGAGUCUUGUGCCAGGCUGUCUUUUUAACAUCGUAGGCUUCGGUUCUACAUUCAAGUCGCUCUUCACAACCAGCCAGAACUAUGAGGAGGAUGCCCUGGCCCUGGCCUGUGAGUAUAUCAGGAAGAUCAGAGCCGACAUGGGGGGGACCAACAUCCUGGCACCGCUCAAUUGGAUCCUAAGGCAGCCAAUGUUCAGCGGGCACCCCCGCCUACUCUUCUUGCUCACGGAUGGUGCCGUUAGCAACACAGGCAAAGUUAUUGAGCUGGUCCGCAGCCAUGCUCGCUACAUCAGAUGUUUUACAUUCGGCAUCGGACAGAAUGCUUGCAGGAGACUGGUGCAGGGACUGGCAACAGUAUCCAAAGGAACAGCAGAGUUCCUGGCUGACGGAGAGAGGCUGCAGCCCAAGAUGAUAAAAUCCCUGAAGAAAACCAUGUCUCCGGUACUCAGUGACAUUUCCAUCGAAUGGCUAUUUCCUGAGACCAAAGAAGUGCUGCUGUCCCCUGUGGGCAACACCUUUCUGUUUCCAGGGGACAGUCUGAUCGGCUACAGUGUGGUUUGUGAUGCCACCCGCUACCAUGCCAACCCCAAAUCUGACAAGAGGAGGCGAUACAGCAUGAUGCGCUCCAUUGAGUCAGCCAGCUCUGUGUUUUACUACUCUCAAGAGGAGGACCCGGUGAAGACAGGUGGCGACAGUCAGGGGUCAUGCCGGGAACCACCUCUGUACGAUUAUUACCAGGACUCCAUGACAGACAGUCCUGCCACCACAGAGCAAGACACCACGGGGUUGGAUUGUAAGAUGUCUCCAAGGAGGCGUGCAUACAGCACCAACCAGAUAGCAGACUACAACCCGGCAAAGAAGGUCUACACUCCCAGUGAUCCCAGCUCUGUGGUGACAAGGAAUCCACUGAGGAGAGCCAAAGUCCAGGAGCUGAUAGGCCAGAUGAGCCCCGAGCACGAGGCCCAGUGGAGGAGUGACUACCAGCCACAGCUGGCAAGCUUGUGCGCCACAUCUUCCAGAGGGCGUCCUGCCAGCUGUCACAGGCCGCUCCCUCAGCAGGAGCCGCUCCCACAGCAGGACGCCGACUCAGAGCUUCAUGUUCACACUCAGCCUCAGGACAACCCUCAGCCCAGCGGCAGCAGCAGCAUGCAGCCUGCAGCACGCAACUCCACUGGAGAAGAUGGAUCGUCCACUGACAGCCCUUCUGUCGGCAGCGUUGGAGACACAGAUGGCUAUGGACACCAGUUGUGUCAAGCAGAAACCCCGCAGGAGACCCAAACUUCAGAUUUGGGAGCAGCCAACCAGCUCAAAGGUGACUGCAAGGCCGUGGUGUCCGGCCUGCUGUGUGGGAAACCAGUGAAGUGGGAGGUCUUCUUUGAUAUUGAACCCUACCUAAACGGCCGGGAACGGGAGGAAAAGGUUCACGAGGAGCUGUGGAAUGAGACCUUCCACCACAUGGCUGGACACUCCAUCAUACAGGAUUUUGAACACAUGGCAGAUAAGGAGUGUGAGAUUGAGCAUGGCUCUGGCAGGAAGUACCAGCUAUAUGCUAUUCACACCAGCAAAGCCUGUAAUAUACUGAGCAAAUACACAGCAUUUGUUCCCAUCGACCUGGACACUAAUGAGUAUUUGCAGACAUGUAUUGAAUACAUAAAUCCCGGUGAAGGUCUGAAGAGGGGCUCACAUUCUAGUUCUCGUUCAGGGAGCAGGAAGAACAGAGGCUACUCCAUCGGACUGGGUCGCUCUCAGUCCGGAGGCAUGUCUGAGGAAGCAGAAGAUAUCCUGCUGCCCAACAAUGGAGAGGAUGGUGCGUCUCCAUGCAGCACCCCCUCGUCCUCUGGCUGGGAGAGAUGUAGCUUCACAGAAGUCUCCCAAAGGAGUCCAUCCGUGACCUCUGACCAAUCACAGAAAUCGGUGGAGAGCCUUUUUUCUGCCAGGUUGGCCCUCAGCAGGACUCGUCUCCUGACUCGAGCUGCCAAAGGAUUCAUGUGUCGAUCUCACAGCAAGUCCGGUGAUUCAAUUGGAGACAGCGACAACGAGAACAAAGAUUACAUUCCUCUGGUCUUGUUGCAGUUGGCUAGUGGUGCAUUUCCCCUGGACACAGCUCUGUGCGAUGCCAUUAGCGUGCCCAUGGACAAGUUAAAGUGGACAUCCCCUUUCACCAGCCACCGCACCAGCCUGGGCCACCUGUCUCACUCCAGCAGCCGUCGUGCUGAGAGUGCCGGUGAUGAACGCAGAUCGCUGUGUGAACCAGAAACACGUCAGCAACCUGCAGAGCACACUGCAGGCAUCCACAGCCCUUCUCAUCUGUCCAGGAGUUCAUGGACGGAUGCUGGUCCUUCUUCAUUAGGCAGUCCUUCCACUACUGCUGAGCCCCCGCUGUCCCCGCUCUCCCAGGCGGACAGUGGACGCAGCUCUGGGUCAGGUGGCUUGGAGACAGCAUCACCCAUCGGUGUGCUAAAGAGGAUUCUGGAUCCAGAAAGCAUGGUGUGGGCCACAGCUGUGGCUCUCGCCUGGCUGGAGCACAGCUCUGCAAGUCAUUUCAUAGAGUGGGAACUGGUGGCUGCCAAAGCCAGCAUGUGGUUGAGUGCUCAGGAAAUCCCAGAAGGUCGAGACUUAGCCUCUGUCAAGGCUGCUGCCAACCAGCUCUUCAUCAUCCUCAGACACUGGGAUGAAAACCUGCAACUGAACAUGCUCUGUUACAACCCUAACAGUGUCUGAAGCCUGCUAAUCCAAGGCUGAAAAUGCAAACCUUGAAAGUACUCAACUCCAUAUACUAUGCUAACUGAAGCUGUACUAUUCUCUGUUCGGCAGUGUGUCCUCUGGAGUCUGAUUUUGCUGUUGCAGUUGUGAACAAAGUGUAUUUCCUUCUGUUUGUGUGCUGUUCCUCCAAACAUAUCACAGGCUCUUCAGAGGCACUAUGUUAAAGCUAUUACCUCGCUGGUGCCAUAUACUGUAGCUGGAUCCCUGCCAGUAAGGGAUCUAAUCAGAGUUAUACCACAGAUUUGAGUUUUAUGGCGAAGAAUGUCAGUGUUAAAUUAGUAGCAUGCUGGACCACUGGCCAUCAACAUCUGAGAAAAGCUCUUAUUGUCAUCAUAUUGAUGUUAUGGGGAGGAUGCUGCAGAACAAUUCUAAGAGAAAUGUGUUCCACUGAUUGACACAUACUGUUUUUACAUCUUUACAGCAUUUUCUGAAUUGAUUGUAUUGUGGAAAAACUGUUACAUGACAACAUCUGGGUACUUGCGAGCAGUACUGCCUGUCUUUUCUAAUGCCUGUAACCAUUACAAUGUUCUAUUUGCCAUUUCUGCAGUUUAAUUAUGGCAGAAACAGAAGAAUAUGCAAAAAGCUGAAGAAAAUAUAUAAAUAUAUAUGUUGAGAUUUGUUUAAAAAAAAGUGGCUUUAGUGGGAAUCUAUGAAUGUGCAUCCCACUGGCAUGUUAUUUAUUGUUAAUUAUUUAACGAUACAUACAGUUUAUAUUUUUUCACUUAUCUGAGUAUAUCUGUCUUAGAGUAGAGGUUUUAAUCAUGUAUUAUUAUUUUGAUUAAAAGUGAGCAAAACAGACCUGCAGUUGAUCGCACCAAACGAACAAAAGGUGGUGCAACCAAAAUUAGCCUUGUUAUAAGUGUUUACUGUGGAAGUGGAUAUUUACAUUUCAGUUAUUCAAAAGGGGUUGCACCACACAAACUAAUUGUUACGUUAAGAAUACUUAAUGUUUUCAGCCUGUAACUUCCAGGUUUAACUGCUAAACCAACAGACAAAGCUAACAAGAAUUUUCUUAAUAAGUUACCGUGUCAGACCAUAGACUGCAUAUCAAGAUGGACAACAUGUCUCCACUUCCUCCCACUGUAAAACACAAAACCAAAAUAUCCCAGAUAUGCCACCUCCCAUCUUGCUCUGCCUACAUUUUUUUUUAGUUCAGCCCAUGUCCUGUCUGCAAACAGAGAUUUGUACAACUCUAAUGCAAUCAUUAGAGUUAGGAUCUAUUUGGACAGAGAGUUGCAAAAGAAUUUACUCACAACAGUUCUAGCCUAAUCAUUUAGCAUUGGCCACCAUGUUACAAAUACAAAAGAAUACACCUCAAAUAACAAACUCAUGCUAAUAAAUCCAACCUAAACCCAAAUCAAUACAACUUAAAAAAGAUUAUAUGCAGUCUAUGGGGCAGACAGAAAAAUAGAUAACGGUCCACACUUGAUCAAACUACGAUGUAAUAGCAAUGUAAGGUUUUCAAUCAUUUUUUUUAUUACAAAAAACAAACAAACAUCAACACUCAAACACUCAAAUUACAAACUUGUGCUAAUAAUAAUGAUUUCAGAGACUUCUGCUGGCCAAGUCUGCUGACUUGCGGUUGCUGCGCACAUGAAUGGGAUAAAAUACUGUAAACAUACAGCUCUUCUAGACUGCUUCAACUUAUGAUAAUAACGAGUAAUUCAGGUGUUUUUUCCACUCUAAUAAUUAUUAUUAUCAUUUUCCAGUUUGGCCUUCCAAUGAUUGUUUAAGGGAUUAAUGCUUUCUUUGGCCAGUGUGAAUCACAUGAUGGAUCCGGAAGUUGCAAUACCCUGUGCUGCCACAAUGCCAUCAAUUAACAGAUCAAGACUUAAGACAUUACCCAAGAAUAAUGGUCCAACCCAAAUUUAAUAAAUCCAACCCCAGCGCUAACCAAUACAGCUUGAAAAUGACGAUGCACACAAAUUUAGUAAUAGAUUUAUUCAAAAUCUGGUGCACCCCAAUUGUCAGAAAUAAUGGCAGCCCUGCCCCGGGAAUCAAGUAAAGAGCCCUACUAGUUUUGUCAUGCUCACAGCUCAUUUACCGCAAGUGCCUAACCACAAAAGUUGGCAGGAAAUGUAGAUCUGUUCAUUGCAGUUUAAUUAGUGUGGGUAAUGAUUGUUUUUUUUAAUUAUCUAUAAAGUAGGUACCCUUCUUCCUUUCAUAUUUUUUUUCUUGAAUCUCUGAGUGGCCUAUAUAGGCAUCUUUCUGUAUUUUCUGUAUUUUUCUGUCUUAUUUCAUCACAGUGUUGCUUUACUCAGGUAUUUAUUCCUUUUUUCACUCAGGCUGAGUUGCAUUAUUCCUUCUGCAUGAACACAGGUGUUUAUGAUAUGAUGUUUAAUGACUGAAUUGCCACAUUGGAGCCAGUAGUGCAGUAUUUUGCUCUCUGAAAUGACAAAUACAGUAGAUGUCAUAAUAUAGUAAUAUUUUUGUGCUGUAAUUGCAGUAGUCAGUGCGGCUGUAAUUGUUUUAAAUUGUAUUUUUUAUGUACUGAGUCAGUUGUAUAGUGCAGUAUCUUUCAACUUGCUGUGUGUGCCUUUAUAAAUGAUUGUUGACUGUUUGAGGCUGUUGAAAUCUUCUGUAGUGUCUUCAGAACUGUUAAUGUUGCUCUGCAGGUGCAUGUAAUAAAAUAACUCUACAACCAAA